AUGGCAGAUUUCAACUUCGAUAGUGCUUGUACUUCUCCUUAUAUAAGUGCACCUUCAAGUCCUCAACAUCUUGGUACGACAUUCUUUUUCAGUGCCCCCACUAGCCCUACACGUAUCUCUGCCCUCAACAGAGAAACCAACAUUAUUCAUGAUAAUAAUGAUGCGAUUGAUGAUGAUACAAAUGGUUACGCUUUUGAAUUUAGCGGACAUGAAAUGGAGAAAAGUUCAGUAACAGCAGCUGACGAGCUAUUUGAUGGUGGAAAGAUCAAGCCAAAGCCAGUACUAUCAUUUGAGUCCAAACAAAAGAAGAAAGAAAUUGAAUCAAUUGCAGAAGAUAAUGAACUAGGAAAUGACGAUGGUCGUGGAAGAGAAAGAAAUCAACACUCUAAAUUGAGUUCUUCAGGAUCCAGGAGACACAAAGCAACGAGAUCAUUGUCUCCAAUGAGAGUUGCAGAUCUGUUGUUAAUUGAUGAAAAUGAUGAAAGUAUUAAUACAGAAAAAACAGAAGCAGAGUCCUCUGUUUCAUCGUUGAUAUCACUAUGGAACUCAUGGAAAUUGAAGGACUUAUUGUUGUUUAGAAGUGCUUCUGAGAGUCGAGUGAGUAGCAGAACGGAAGAGUUAAACAAGUAUGCAUUGGUGAAGAAAUUGCGUCAAGAAGAUGUUAAGAAGGUGGGAUUGAGCUCGAGAAGGAGGAGGACGGGGCCAAUUUCGGCUCAUGAGUUGCAUUACAAGAUGAAGAGGGACGUGUUAAAAGAGAUGAAGAAGAAAACUUUCUUACCAUACAAACGAAGUGUACUUAGUUGGCAUGGUUGCUAUGGCCUCGAUGAUACAAUAUCAAUGUACAUGACUCCUCGUCCUCAAUAG